GAACUUGCCUCGCAGUCGAAGGAUCCGGAAGGGAAAAGCCAGAGCGAAUCACAGCACGGCUUCCCCGCUUCCCGUGCCGCGAAUGGGCUUCCGCUUCGCCCGCCUCGCCGCCCGCGCCGCGGCCUCCCGCCGGGGCCCGCCCCCCGCCGCUUCCUCCGCCCACCUCGCGCUCGCCUCGACGGCGGCGGAGCCACGCUGCUGGCCCCACUGGCUCGUCCCCGCCCGCGGCCACGUGGGCCACUCGCACCACCACGGCGGAGAGGGCGGGGGCGAGGCCUCCGAGCGGAUCUUCCGGCUGGGCCUCGCCGCCGAGGUCGCCCUCACCGCGGGGAAGGCCGUCACGGGAUACCUCUCCGGCAGCACCGCCAUCGUGGCCGACGCCGCCCACUCCCUCUCCGACAUCGUGCUUAGCGGGGUGGCUCUACUGUCGUACAGGGCGGCCAAGGCUCCCAAGGACAAGGAGCAUCCCUAUGGACAUGGAAAGUUCGAGAGUUUAGGAGCUCUUGGGAUUUCAAGUAUGUUGUUGGUUACUUCAGGUGGGAUUGCCUGGCAUGCUUUUGAAGUUCUUCAGGGUGUAAUGUCCUCUUCUCCUGAUAUUAUUGGCAACACGUUGCAUGCCCAUCACGACCAUGGCAACGGUGGGCAUCAUCAUGGAAUAGAUCUGGAACACCCAGUGCUUGCAUUGAGCGUGACAACUUUGGCAAUAGCUGUCAAAGAAGGGCUCUAUUGGAUCGCAAAAAGAGCUGGGGACAAGGAAGGGAGUGGGCUGAUGAAAGCUAAUGCAUGGCACCAUCGUGCAGAUGCUAUUUCAUCUGUUGUUGCCCUAGUUGGGGUAGGUGGCUCUAUUCUUGGAUUGCCUCUUCUUGAUCCACUAGCUGGACUUAUUGUCUCAGGCAUGAUUCUUAAAGCUGGUAUUCAGACUGGAUAUGAGAGUGUACUGGAAUUAGUUGACGCUGCUGUUGAUCCUUCACUCCUACAACCAAUCAGGGAAACUAUUUUGAAGGUUGAUGGCGUGAAGGGAUGCCAUCGGUUGAGGGGAAGAAAAGCUGGGACCUCAUUAUAUCUCGAUGUGCAUAUUGAGGUAUAUCCUUUCUUGAGUGUCAGUGCAGCACAUGAUAUCGGGGAAACUGUCCGCCAUCUGAUUCAAAAGGAGCACAAUCAAGUUGCUGAAGUUUUCAUACACAUAGAUCCCUCAUACUCGAUGGGCCCCAACAUGAACCUGAACAGGACUCUAAACAACUUCAAUCUAAGAAAUUCAGAAGCUAUUCCACGGCAACAGAGUGCUGAAGCAAUCGUGUCUGAUAUUAUUUCCUCACAUUUUUCAGAGAAAAUGUCGCUCGAACAUCUAAUGCUGCAUUACGUGCAAGGGAGAGUGUUGCUCCAGGUCCAAGUUUCGAUGUCUCCAGAAAUUUUGAUUUGGGAUGCAAUGGAAAUCGCAAAGCAAGCUGAAGAGGAGAUAAUGAGAGCUGAUGCCAGCAUAAGCCAAGUGAGUCUGCAGCUAAGAUUGGGCCAACAUAUCAAGCAACUUCAGCUUGCAUCAAGCAAGAACAUCGCUAGCGACCUACAUGGUGGAGCACAGUAACGUGCCAGUCAGCUAGGGUUAUCUUUUUGCUAAUUUUUCUAACAUACAGUCAUACAUGAGCUUCAUUUUACUACUGAGGCAGUAUAGGCUAGGACGGCCUGUGUACAUUGUAAUCAUAUAGACAGUGUUGAGAGAUCCGGUGAAUUUGUAAUAAUGCACAGAAGCAGCCUUGAUCAACAGAGAUGGCUACUGGGAAAUAUUUGUUGUUGGCUGUGUGCCACCACCUGCAUUGUAAAUAAACCGCAUGAUACAAUACAAGUGUUUUACCUUCAAAAAAAAAAACAAUACAAGUGCCUCGCU